AUGGCGGAAUCUUGCAGAGUGAAGAGGAUGAAACUUGGAAGCCAAGGCCUUGAAGUAUCAGCGCAAGGCCUUGGUUGCAUGAGCAUCUCCUCCUUCUACGGUGCUCCCAAGUCGGAAACUGAUGCGAUCGCUCUUCUCCACCACGCUAUUAACUCCGGUAUCACUUUCCUCGACACAUCCGACUACUAUGGUCCUGAGACCAGCGAGUUGCUCCUCAACAAGGCUUUGAAAGAUGGGUUUAGGGAGAAAGUGGAAUUAGCUACGAAGUUUGGGAUCAUUGCUUCUGAGGAUGGAAAAUUUGGAGUCAAGGGAGAUCCAAAGUAUGUGAGGUCUGCUUGUGAGGCUAGCUUGAGGAGACUUGGUGUUGCCUCCAUUGAUCUUUAUUACCAGCAUCGUAUUGAUACCACUGUUCCAAUCGAAGUCACGAUGGGAGAAUUGAAGAAGCUAGUGGAAGACGGUAAGAUAAAGUACAUUGGUUUGUCUGAAGCCUCUGCCUCAACUAUUAGAAGAGCGCAUGCGGUUCACCCGAUAACCGCUGUGCAACUAGAAUGGUCCUUAUGGUCAAGAGAAGUUGAAGAAGAUAUCAUUCCUACUUGCAGGGAGCUUGGGAUUGGAAUUGUAGUUUAUAGCCCUCUAGGAAAAGGGUUCCUUGCAUCAGGACCCAAGAUUGUUGAGAAUUUUGACAAUAAUGACUUCAGAAAGACUCUACCAAGAUUCCAGCAAGAAAACUUAGACCACAACAAGAUUGUUUACGAGAAGGUUCUUGCAAUCUCAGAGAAGAAAGGUUGCACUCCCGCACAACUAGCACUGGCGUGGGUUCACCACCAGGGAGACGAUGUUUGCCCUAUUCCAGGAACCACUAAGAUCGAGAACCUUAACCAGAACAUUGGAGCUUUGUCGGUGAACCUCACUCCCGAAGAGAUGGCUGAGCUCGAGACCAUUGCUCAACCAGGUUCUGUGAAAGGAGAAAGAUACCCUUCCAUUGUGCCCACCUACAAGAACUCUGACACUCCACCAUUGUCUUCUUGGAAAAUAAUCUGA